AACCACCAUUUCAACCACCUCUGACCUCCCAUCUCUCUCAUCUCCACUUGUCAACGACCAACACAUCCAUCUCUCACAUAGUCACACUGUCUCUAUAGCUUGCUCUGUUUUGAUCACAAGCUAGGACGAAGAUGAAUUUCUCGUCCUACUUCUUCUCCUCGUCCUCCUCAUCCUCCUCCUCGUCGGACAAGAAGUCGUCAUCGUCCAAGCGCCGGCAGCAGGCGGCGCAGCAGCAGCAGCCGGACUCCAACCCGACGCGGUACCUCGGGGUGCGUCGGCGGCCGUGGGGCCGGUACGCGGCGGAGAUCCGCGACCCGGCGACCAAGGACCGCCAUUGGCUUGGCACCUUUGACACGGCGGAGGAGGCCGCCGUAGCCUACGACCGCGCCGCCCGCUCCCUCCGCGGCGUCCGCGCCCGCACCAACUUCGCCUAUCCCGAUCUUCCCCCGGGCUCGUCCAUCACCCCUUACCUCUCCCCCGACCUCACCUCGAACGACAACUCCGUGCAGCUCCUUCAGCCGUUCUACGCCGACCCUGUCGCCCCCCUGCCGACGCAUCAGCCCGCGGCAGGUGGCGGCGGCCAGAACGUCGGCAGUGAGUACCUCUAUGGCGGUGCCCCUGACAUGUCAUCGCUGAUGGACGACAUCUCCAUGCCCGACGACCUGCCCAUGAUCGACGGCGGCGAAGACAUGGACUUCUCCAUGUACGGCGUCGGCGGCAACGGCGCCAAUGCCGCAGGCGGCGGCGGGUGGUGCGACGCAUCCGAACUCGGAGCAUACUCCUCCACGCCGGGUGGCGGCCACGGGGUGUACUUCGAGGAAGGUUACGUGCACAGCCCGCUCUUCUCGCCGAUGCCGGCCGUCGAUGACGCCGGCGCCGACGGGUUCCAGCUCGGGGGCUCGUCUUCUUCCUACUACUACUGAUAUACGAUCACGUGCGCGUCGGUGCCGUGUCGACCGCCUCUGCGCCCGCCGUUGUGCUGCGGCGUGGUGAGUUGCUGGGUGUGCUUAGCAGUUAAUUUACUUACUUUGAUACGUCUCGUGGUAAUAAUGCGUCUUUUAUCGUUUUUUGCGUCCUUUUUCAUAUCAUGGGCCUGUAUCUUCUUUUUUGGAGAUCCAUGAGCCUUUUGUUCUGGGCUGUUUUCUUUUCCUUUUUUCUUUCAUUUUGGGCCUCAUUCGUAUGUGCAAAUAUGAUCAGUCGGCAUACACAUGUGUGUUGCUGGCGCUUCAGUGUAAUAUAUUAUCCAUGUUAUGAUGAUUUACCUGUUCGUUGUUA